UGAGUCCAGAACCAGCGAGAGGACGCUGGGGGGCGCGCUAGAGCGGCGCGGCAUGGCUGGGCCUGGGGCCGGCGAACCGGCCAUGGAGGACGAGCGGAGCUUCUCAGAUAUCUGCGGCGGCCGUCUGGCCUUGCACCGCCGAUACUACUCCCCUUCCUGCCUAGAGUUCUGCCUCAGCUGCCCUCGGAUCUCGUUGCGCUCGCUCACCGCUGUCACCUGCACCGUGUGGCUGGCGGCCUACGGACUCUUCACGCUCUGUGAGAACAGCAUGAUCCUCUCUGCUGCCAUCUUCAUCACUCUCUUAGGCCUGCUUGGUUACCUCCAUUUUGUAAAGAUUGAUCACGAGACUCUGUUAAUCAUUGAUUCCCUGGGCAUCCAGAUGACCUCAUCCUAUGCCUCAGGCAAAGAAAGCACCACCUUCAUUGAGAUGGGCAAGGUGAAAGAUGUCAUCAUUAAUGAGGCUAUUUACAUGCAGAAGGUGAUUUACUACCUCUGCAUUUUAUUGAAGGAUCCAGUGGAACCACAUGGGAUAUCCCAAGUAGUACCCCUCUUCCAGAGUGCCAAGCCCCGGCUGGACUGCUUGAUUGAAGUGUACAGAAGCUGCCAGGAGAUCCUGGCACACCAGAAAGCCACAUCAACAAACCCAUUCAGAAAGCCAGUAUUGUCUUCAAAAGGAGAUGACUCCUAAGCCACAGUGGCUGGCUUAUUUUCUGUAUUUUAAACCUUCAAGUGGACACAGUCUGAGAAACCAGUAUGGAUGUGGUAGAUCUCAGAGCCAUAGAGCAGGUGAAUGGAAACCUAACUUAUUGUGUGAUAUUGGCAAAGUAUUAAUGUAUAUUUUAGUGUUCCUCUUUUAAGGUUUUAUUUAUUUUACCAAUUGAGGGGAGACCUCGAAACUCUAUGUUAGGAGUAAUGUUGACUAAACGCACUUUGUGAGCACACUCGGGCUUUUUGUUGGAAUUUAUAGAAUAUGGGAAACUGACAUCAGCUCUUUUGAUAAAGAUAAUUUUUCCAACUGUGCAGUAUCCCUGUAUAAAAGUUAAAAAGAAAAAAAGCAAGCCCUUCAGGACUGGUUACUAGGAAGCAAUAUCCUACAAAAGACUAGUCUCUGUCCACCUAGCUCCUGUGUUCUGUACAGGGUUACUUUAUGAUGAUUCUCUUAAUAAACAGAACUUCUUCUGAAACAUACACCACU